CGUGAAACGCGCUUCAGUAGCUCAGGAGCGCUUCUCAGAGGCUUCCAAGGCGCAUGUUUGCUCUCUGUGAUGUAAUACACAUAUGGCAACUAUUUCCCAUGCUUCACUGCAUGUUUGCUUCGGAUGGAGCCCACUCUGCAUCUCUAAAAUCUGGCUGAAAGGAACCGUGGGUCUUGUCACGGACUCUACAGACACGGGAGCAGGUUUUGAGAGAGACUGGCUGGAUCGAGAAGGGAGCUGAAGCGUCGACGUUUAAUCAAUUAUGCUCUGUUCGUGGUGCUGAAAUCCCCUGCUCUCUCUCUCCCGCUCUCUCUCUAUCUCUCUCUCUCUCUCAUCCGUCCGUCCGUUCCUCCCUCUCUCUCCCUUUCACUCCCUCCCUGGUACCCUCUCACACGCUCAAAAUCCUCUGUCAUGGCGUCUUCCAACAAUGUUACCCCCACCAACUGUAGCUGGUGGCCCAUCUCUGCCAUGGACGAAGAUGGCAAAGACACAGACGGAGAGGAAAACCAAGAGCCUACAAUAGAGCCCAAGCCCUUCUCCAAAGAUAGGCUCGUCUUAUAUCACUGGACGCAGUCCUUCAGCUCUCAAAAGGUGCGUCUGGUGAUUAAUGAGAAGGGUUUGCUGUGUGAGGAGAGGGACGUCAGUCUACCACUAGCUGAACACAAGGAGCCCUGGUUCAUGAGGCUGAACCUGGGCGAGGAGGUGCCUGUCUUCAUCCACGGUGACACCAUCGUCAGCGACUACAACCAGAUCAUCGACUACUUAGAAGCCAACUUUGGGGGAGAGACGGUGGCCCGGCUGAUCCCAGACGCAGACACCCCUAUGCACGAGCGUGUUCAGCAGUACCGCCAUCUACUGGACGGGCUACCCAUGGACGACUACACACACGGUUGUAUCCUGCACCCUGAACUAACCGCAGACUCCAUGAUCCCAAAGUACGCCACAGCUGAGAUUCGCAGACACCUAGCUAAUGCCGCAUCAGAGCUGAUGAAGCUGGAUCAUGAGGAGCCACAGCUGACAGAGCCAUACCUGUCCAAACAAAAGAAACUCAUGGCAAAGAUCAUGGACCAUGACAAUGUGAACUUCCUGAAGAAGAUUCUGGGUGAACUGACGAUGGUACUAGACCAGGUAGAAGCUGAACUUGAGAAGAGAAAAUUAGAAUAUGAAGGUCAGAGGUGUGAGCUGUGGCUGUGCGGACCGGACUUCACACUGGCAGACGUGUACUUGGGAGCCACACUGCACCGCCUCAAGUUCUUGGGACUCUCUAAGAAAUACUGGGAGGACGGGAGCCGACCCAACAUCCAGUCGUUUUUUGAACGCGUGCAGAAACGCUACGCUUUCCGGAAGGUUCUGGGAGACAUCCACACCACCCUCCUGUCAGCGGUUCUACCCAACGCCUUCCGCAUGGUCAAAAAGAAGCCACCCUCUUUCUUCGGGGCGUCCUUCCUAAUGGGCUCACUCGGGGGUAUGGGUUACUUUGCCUACUGGUUUUUAAAAAAGAAAUACAUGUAGUGAAUGCCCCCCUUCCCCUUGUCUUUAGUGUCUGUGGAAUUUGUGUGAUGUUUCCAAUUUUUUCUGUAGCUUUGUUUUAUGACAGCAGGAAUAUAAGAGUCUGUGCAGAGAACAACACCAAUACUCACAAGAGAAAUAAGAACAUUCCAAGGCAGGGAGUUCUUCCUCUGACAGCACGUUUUCAGUUUAUUGAUGCCUUCAUCCUGGUUUCUUUCAGGAGUUUAUUGGUGAUUCAUUAGUUUUUUUUUAUGUUGGUGUUUCAUUUGUUUCUGCAUCUCUCUGGAGGCAUGCUUGAGGCCUUUGGCCAUUUUGUCAAAAUAUCGCCAAGAAAAAUAUUCAUAACUGUCUUAUUGAUUUAGCUCAGUUUUGUUGAGAUUCAUUUAUGACUUAAUAACACCAUAUUGCAGUUUAGUUUCCUUAAUGCCAAUCAUGGCAUUCACCUUUAAGCCCAGUAGCCCUGUCGAUCUUGCGCGUUUCCUUCAAAAACCUGAGACUCUCUCUGAAUUGUCUCCUGUUGCCAAAUACUGCCAAAAUAAAUAACGACCUUUACAUUAAUACUACACAUUGGUUGACCGAGAGAAAAAGAAUCCAGUCAUUGCCAUUUAAAGAAAUGAUACUAGACAACUGAAAAUGUUAGGCGACAUGAUGUACAUCGACUGAAAUCAAAUCCAUUUAAUCAUCACUCCCUCCAUGUAGGACUGCACAAGUAGACACACUAGACCUCAUAUUUACUCACUGAUGGGACUUGCUCCUGCAUUGCAUUGCAUGAUUUGGCUGCCUUGGUCCAUCAUCCAGUCAUGUAUCUGUGAGAUGAUUGGCCAGGCAGGUGUGAUAGUGAUUUUAUGGUGAUUGUAACUAGGUUAGGUUCAAGACAUACAGGGGAAUCUGGAUAAAAGAAUGAACUGGUGUAUGAGAGCUCUCUUCACAAAAUCCCUUUACAUUGGUUGGAUAUGUGUUUAACAUAAAGAGGAGUGAUCUCAAGUGUGUAUGAAACAUCUGUGUAUGACAAAACUAUGACAGUCCCUCCAGGAUUUUGUGAUCUUGCAUAUUCACAAAUUCAAGGAUUUCCCACAAUUGUUAUUUGUGGAAUUUCUGCAUUAUUUGCGAUUGAGUUAAUUUAACUCAAAGUCACCGCAAUUUUAAGCGCACUUUUUGAGAAUUUUCACAGCAAAUUCAGUUACUUCUGGCUGCAAUACAACAGCCCAAGAUCCUGGUGGGAUCACAUUUUUAGGAAUUGUCGCAGUAAAUUGAAAAAAAAGUGAAAAUCACCGCAAUUUUUGGCCACAACAAUCAAAACAAACCCUUGCGAGAUCCUGAAGGGACUGCUUUGAACAAAUGGUGAUCUCUGUGUGUGUGUGUGUGCUGGCAAGAGUGCUGCUGAUUUGUGUGUGAACUUGCUUUGUUGUCUGCUGAGAUUUCACCUUCUCCUGGUCUCAUGUAUCCUGUCACUCUUGUCCCUCAGGAUGAGGGGUGUGAUGUUUGAACUGAGUUAGGCCCUUUUUGCUUAGGUGAGGGUGGUGAAGUGUUUAUGUUCAGGUGAGUGUGUUGUCUGUGUUCAUGUGAUUGAGCCGUGUGGCACAAUAAGGACACCAUAGGGUCGGCCCUCUACCACGACUAGCAGUGUGAUGUAUAGUUUUUAUCUCAUGGAACACUGCAGCUCUACCCAAUGGCAAUAAUGACAAACAAGUGGUAGAUCCUAAUUUAUGCUUGGAACGAAGACUGUAUAUAUCAGUGUUGAUGUGAUUGGUGUAGCUAAGCAUGACUGCAGACAAAUAUCUCCACCCUUCAUCUGUUACUCUGGCCUACUCCUCUCACUUCCUGCAGGUCUGUGUUUGCCGUGGCUGAUAAACGGAAAUACUCCAGCUUCAGAUCUUAAGCAUCUAAAAUGGGUUACCUUAAGAAGGUCAAACUGGUGUAGGCGAGCAAUGGGUCAGUUGGGCAGGUUCGAGUUUUCUUUUUCCAGAAGGGGACUGUGAACGGUGUUUAACCAAAGAUAAUCAUCAGUGUCUCAUGUUCACCUACACAUGCUGUCAUCUGCAUCUAUUCCUAUGGUCUCCUUGCACAAGAUAUUUACAUUCACAUUUUUGUCCUUUUCAUGUUUGCAAGUAUGUAUGUGAUGUUAUGUAUUUGUGUCUUUUUGUUUUGAAAAUUGACCUUCAAUAUAUUUUUAUCUUCAGCUGUUUGGAAGCAUUCAUUCAAAAGCCAAUCAUUUUCAACCACUAACCAUACAUCAGUCACCGAGCUCAUAAUAUCCAGGUCUCAAUGUCUGUCUGUGAUGGUGAUCCUCCUAUGAAACUGGUAUACAUAAUCUACAGGUUCACUAGAAAGUAGAAUCAGCACCGGAAUGUAACUUGCAGAAGUGUCCUCCACCUCAGAGUAUAGAACAGUAUAGAAAGCCAGUGGGAACAUUACACUCUCUCAGAGCCCUUUGUCACACUUCCCAGCAUCCCACACUCCCUGUCUGUACUUGCAAUCCUCUUUUUGUGUUUACUUUGGGGGAAAACUGUGGGUCCUGGUCCACUUUCAAGUCAUGACUUAUACAAACCUAGAGGCAAAUUAGCUAUUUGAGGGACGAUUUGUGGCCAUUUAAGUUCACAAUAGAUUAUUUUCGAUUUUGUAUUUUUUAUUUUUAUAUUUAUAAAUAUGCAUUUAUUUAAGGUGCUCUUAAAAAUGUUUGUUCAUAAGCCUUAAUUUGUUCAGUUGCCAUCAAUGAGAAAUAAAUUAAAAUGCUUAACAGAACAACCUGAGUAGCUGUACUCAUUCU